AUGGAAAGUGAUGAAAUUAAUAGUCUCUCAACAAGCCCAUUUGAGUUUAUAAACGAUAGUGGAAAUAAUAAUAGUGGUUUUAAUAAUAACAGUUAUAACUAUUGUGGUAGCAGUAAUAGUAGUAGUGAUCAUAGUUUUAACUAUAAUUAUAAUAAUAAUAAUAAUAAUAAUAAUAACAAAAAUAGUAAAAAUAAUAAUGGAUUCAAUGGGCUUUUUAAUUUUAAUAAUAGAACAAAAAAUAGCACUGGUAGUAAUAUAAGUACUGAUAAAUCAUCAGUUUCAUCAGGAUCUCCUUUAUCAUCACUUACAAGUAAAUUUUCAUUUGGUGCAAAGAAAACAUUGGACCUUUUCCAACAAUUUAGAAAUAAUAAUAAUAAAAACUUGGUUGGUUAUAAUUUUAAUUCAAUCGAUUUUUUACAUCAUCAAGAAGUUUAUCAAAAUGAAAUAGUUGAUAUUAGUGAUGAUGAAGAUGAUAAAAACAGUAACAAUAACAAUAGAAACAAUAACAACAAUAACUAUGAUGAAUAUAACAAUAAUGACCAUAGUCUUCAACUCAACGGUUCCACAAAUUCAAAUGGAUAUACUGUACAUAAACACCCAUUCAACAUUAAUAAUAUUAACCCAGAAUUUAAAUUAGAAGAGCCAACUUAUACAAUUAAAUAUAAAUUUAAUGAAAAUCAAACAGAAAGUCAUUACUCAUCACAAAAUAAUAUCUCUAACGAAAAUAACAUCAACAAUAAUAACAGCAACAAUAGCAACAAUUAUAGUUAUGAAAGUGAUAAUUCAAGUCCUUUAAACUCUUACCAAAACAAUGACAAUGGUCCAAACAAUUAUUAUUUUAAUUCAAAAAAUUCAAUUUUAUAUAAUGGUUAA